AAGAUAUUCGUUUCUGUAAUAGUAGGCGGCGGCCUCAGCCAAUGUUGGCCAAACGCGACCUCAGCCAUUAACUACUGCCAUAGAUAUUUGGUCGGGCUGGGCUCGAUAAAGUUUUAGACCCACUGGCUAAGUGUCACGGUCGAUACUCAAGACGGAGAACCAAACCAAGGAUAAGAAGCGCCAAAAAAAUCUGUUGCAGAGACAGAAAUUAACAGUACACAGCAACAAUGGCGUCGUCUUCUCCACUCUCAUUCGCACCUCCACUUCAAAAGUCUCUCUCUUCAACAUUCUCCAACACAAGGAUUCUCGCUUCUCAUUCUCGCGUCGCAUUUUCUCUCUCCUCCUAUAUUUCUCGUCGCCUCUCUCUCCUUCACUUCGGUGCUGCUGUCUCACAGCCGCAGUUGGUUGGUCUUAAGGAAUCUACACUGCCAAGGCCAGAAAAGAAUAUACUGGAGGCUGGUACAGUCGGUAAUAUAGCUGAAGCAAGACCUUCUGUCACCGAGGAAUAUGCUGUGGAGUGGGCUAAAAAUGACAAGAGAAGAUUACUUCAUGCUGUCUAUCGUGUCGGGGAUUUAGAUAAGACUAUAAAAUUCUAUACGGAGUGCCUUGGCAUGAAGUUAUUACGGAAAAGAGACAUUCCAGAGGAGAAGUAUUCAAAUGCGUUUCUUGGUUAUGGACCUGAAGAGUCACACUUUACUGUUGAACUUACAUACAACUAUGGAGUUGACAAAUAUGACAUUGGGGCUGGUUUUGGUCACUUUGGUGUUGCGGUUGAGGAUGUUGCUAAAACAGUGGAUCUUGUUAAGGCAAAGGGUGGAAAGGUCACAAGGGAACCUGGUCCAGCUAAAGGUGAAAGUUCCAUUAUUGCUUUUAUAGAAGAUCCAGAUGGUUAUAAGUUUGAGCUAUUGGAAAGGGCAUCUACAUUAGAUCCCCUUUGCAAGGUGAUGCUUAGAGUUGGAGAUAUUAAUCGUGCCAUUAGUUUCUAUAAAAAGGCAUAUGGCAUGGAGCUAUUCCGCAAGAUGGAUUUUCCUGAGCACAAGUACACAACAGCUAUAAUGGGUUAUGGUCCAGAGAAUAACAAUGCUGUUCUGGAGUUAACAUACAAUUAUGGAGUCAAAGAGUAUGACAAAGGAAAUGGUUAUGCACAGAUUGCUAUUGGAACAGACAAUGUAUAUAAAACAGCUGAGGCAGUUAAACUUAAUGGAGGGAAAAUUGUACUCGAUCCAGGCCCAUUGCCUGGAUUAAAUACCAAGAUAACUACUUGCUUGGAUCCUGAUGGCUGGAAGACGGUAUUUGUUGACAACAAGGAUUUUCUUAAGGAACUUGAGUGACCAAGGGCUGCUGCUUCUCCAUCUUUCUGUAAUAUGGAGAUGGUACAAUUUUCAAUUCUGAUGCUUGGAAAUUAUCUGUAUGAGCAUCAUGUCAAAGAUUGCUGUAUGUUGUAAAUUUAAGUUUCUUUAUAAAUGACAUGAGAUUUUAUCAGGAAACUUUUUUCAUUA